GUGGAAUACAAGAGGAAUCUGGCAGCUUGACAAUUAGGCCCGAGUGUUUAGGGUGAACAGAACGGGUCUAUCCUGCCAGCAGCAGUGUACAGGUAUGCCAGCGCAGUUGCAUACAUCUACAGCCAGACCAGUAGCAAGUCGGCAAGCGUGGGUGGUCGCCAGGUGUUAACAUGCCUGAGUUACCCGGAUGAGCUAACCCUACCCUACGUCGUCCAGUGGAAGAAGGAGGGGGUGAAGAACCCGGUUUUCAUCCAGUAUGAUAACUACCCAUCCCACAUGGACCGUGGCUACAAGAGUCGAGUGCGGCUUCUGGACCACGGGAGCUUGGAGCUUAGCCAGAUUAAGCCAUCAGACGAGGGGUGGUAUGAAUGCAAGAUCAUUCUGCUGGAUGGUAAAGAGGACUCCUCUGUGAAUGGAAGCUGGGUCCAUCUCAACGUCAACACUCCUCCCCGUAUUGAGCACAGUUCGCCCAAGUUCCUGUUGCUGCGUCAGGGAGACUCCGUCUCACUGUUUUGUGACGGGGUGGGGUCGCCCCAGCCCACCAUCUCCUGGAGCAAGGACACCCAGCCACUGUUCAGCUCACUCCGUGUGCGUCUGCAGGGAGAUCAUGUCAACAUCACCAACAUCCAGCGCAGCGAUGGCGGCGUAUACAUGUGCACCUUCACCAACAUGGUUGGUCAGAUAUCACAACUUAUCAAGGUCGUCAUCGAAGAUGAGUUUCAGGCUCACAAGUCUGGUAUGUAA